AUGGUGCAUCCCUUCAAUGGCGGUGCAGUCGACUUUGGGAUAUGUUUGGACAUACCUUCAGCCACUCAAUCGGAGGGCAAUCCCACCGAUGGAAAUCUGUCGGGCAGUGGGAACCCGAGCUCUGGACAAUCCGCAUUCUCCAUUGCAAGCUCUCCCCGCCUACCGACAAUGAACACGCCUGGAGAGUGUCUAAAUUGCCUAUCCGACUUGUGCACGAGGCUUAUGAAAACUGUCAAUGACGAUGGCAAUCUCGAUUCACUCGUCGACAUCCUGUCCUACAACACACACCUCUCGGGAGGUUCGUCCUCAACAUUACCCAAAAACGCCAUUGGCCAAGUCCUUGAGAGUUCGCAACUGUUUCUUGAUAUUCUCAGCACCCUGCGAGGUUUGAUCGCUCCGAAACAGCCCAAACCGUCUUCACCCGCAAACUCAGAGUGCUCUUACUCCGACUUCUGGGACUCUGGUGAGCUCGAUCCUCUUAUAACGACAGAAAAGAACAGCUUGUCAGAUGACGCAAUGGCACACGCACUUUUUUCGUCCGCCUCAAGUGCUGCCCGCGAUAAAGAUCACCGUAGCACAGCUUCCCCUUCCACCCACACUUUGCCACUCGACAUUCCUACAACUUUUACCAUUCUCACCUGUUACAUGUGGCUUUUACGUACCUACGACGCAAUCUUCAGGCGAAUCUAUACUAGUCUCACAUCGGAAGCGCGCACAUUUCCGAGCAUAAUGCCUGGCCUCACGAUUGGAGGUUUCAAUCUCUGUGAGCGCAAAGAAUUGCAGAUUGACAUUCUGAUUCAGCUCAGCACGCGUAUGUUGGAGCGCAUUGAAGAGGUGCUGGGUGUCAGUGCUAUCUCGCCCUCGCCGCCUCGCGGGGCCGCAACGAAAGGACUAUUGGACAGCGCUAGUUCAACAUCGCUGCUCGAUCUCAUGUUCGUUUCUAAAAGUGACGAAAGACCGCGUGCGCCGCGUCUCAAGGAGACAAUGGAUGAUAUCCGGGAGGCAUUGCGACGAGAGUGCAUCUAA